AUGAAAUCUGAAGCAUUUAAAAAAGGGUUAUUAGGAAUUUUUGCAUUAGGAUUCAGUAUGGGAAUCUAUAAAAUUCUCAGAAAGGUAUAGAGAUUAUUAACUGUGUAUAGUCUACAAAAGCAGAAUUUCGUGAGAGUAUAAAGAAACAAAUAAUACACAGUUAUAAUGUAAGUGGUGUUUAAGGUUUUGUUGAACCAUUUGAUAUAUUACAGACUUUUUCAAAAAAUGAACAAGGAAUAGAAUUCCACAUUAAGUUAGUAAAAUCUUUAGCCAAAAAGCCUGUUGGUCAUUAAUAAAAUGUAAGUUUGAUUAUAAAAUAAGAUAAAUCCUUUAAUUGAACCUUAUUAACCAGGAUAGUUAGUAAUGAAACUUUAAAAUUAUAAUAUCUUAUUGAAUAAAUAUCCUGUGAAUCCAUAUCAUGUAUUAUUAGUGCCAUAAUAAUUUAUUCAUUAAACAGAGAAAUUUAGCAAAGAUUAUUUAAGCUUAGCUUAUGAUGUAUUAAAUGCAGUAGAAGGUUUUGCAUUUUUUAAUUCUCAUCCUGAGGCAGGUGCAUCUUUAGAUCAUAAACAUAUUUAAAUUGUACCAAAAUCAGCAUAUUAAAGUGCAAAUAUAUUAAAUCAUGUAAAAGAAUGGUGCUCUGAAAGAACCAUUAAAUAAACAGGAAAAUUUAUAAAGCUACGAUAUUUAAAAAAUAUUAAGCAUUAUAUAUUACUUUUUAAUCAAGAAUUAUUAGAUAAUAAAAAUUGCGAUGAGAUUUUGUAAUAAAAGUUAAUUUAUGAGACAUAUGAAAAGUUAUUAAAUAAAUGUAAAGUUAAUGACAUUAGAGAUUUCAAACAUAAUUUAAUAAUUACUGAGGAAUUUAUGAUGAUAAUUGCUAGAAAAUAAGCCACAUUUAAUGGAGUUUCAUUUAAUGCUGUUGGAUUUACAGGUUCAUUAUUAGUUAAAAAUGAGUAGGAAUGUGAAAGAUUAUAAUAAACUAGAAUAAUUGAGAUUAUGGAAAAUCUAGCAUAAGCAUAAUCUGAUGAUUCUAUUGAUUAAGAUAUUGACGAAUGUUGA